GCAGCACUGACGUUUACUUCUUGCCUCUGGGAAAUCAGCAGCUGUCACAUUUCUGAGUUACAAACGACAGGUACGUCUAUAUUUGUGAGGUUCACCGCCGUGGUUUCCAGGCGGCGCAGAAGCCAAAACAAGAUGUACCGUGAUAAGCAUGGCACGCGGGCACCAGAAAAUUCAAUCGCAGCAGAAAAAUGCCAAGAAGCAGGCAGAAAUGAAAAAGUCCAAGGGUCACGAUCAGAAGACGGCAGCCAAGGCAGCGCUAGUGUUCACUUGCAGUGUUUGCAAGUCCCAGAUGCCCGACCCAAAAACCUUCAAGCAGCACUUCGAGAGCAAGCACCCCAAAUCCCCUCUGCCCCCAGAGUUGGAGGGCGUGGAAGCGUAAACGACUUGGAUGAACCACACUGAAGAUGAAGGCGCUGAUCAGGCUCUGAACAUGACAGCAAAGAAUGAUUUAAUGUACCCAACAUGAAAGCCUCAUGCAGUCUACUGCUACCUGUGUGUAGCUUGUGUUUAAAUACACGCACGACUCAAUCCAACCGUGGUUUUGACUUCAGGGCCGACGCAGACGUGUACGAUCAAUGAGCCCAGACUCACUGCCUUUCGUGUUUUGUACGUGUAUCUCUUUUAAGGAUCAAUAAAUUGUUGCCCGUUGCAUCCCAGAUGAGAUAAAGUGACUGUCCUAACAAAGCAAAAUGGAUUUGGCUCGGGUGGAAAAUUCAGAUGUUUGUCUUUGCUGCUGUCAAAAGUGACCUAGUUUAUUUUAAUUGUACUUGGGAGUGUUUUACUCAAACGGAGGCCUGCACACUGUAAUUCCUCCAACAGCUCUGUGUGCCCUGCUGUACUGCAAUCUUUCAUUCAGCUAAUCAGAAUUUCAUGUUUGGUUGUAAAAUGUGAAACUUGGCCAGCUGCCCAAGCUGCUACACAGAUUGUUAGGAAGUGAAAUUAUAUUGGAGACUGCCGGCAAGAUUAAUGUGCCUGUAAAAUGAAUGUAUGCUCCAAUAAUGUAUCAUACCAUUUUAUUAAAACUCACUUUGUUAUAUA